UGAGAGGGCGAAAGUCACAAGAGCUUAAAGAGCCAAACAACCUGACAGGGAGGACGACGGGGAGAGGGAGAGGCAAAGGAUGGGGUUAAAGUAAAGACACAGAAGAAAAAGAGGAAGAAGAGUUCAUCCUGAUAUGACUGUGAACUAAAGUCAGAGCUGGUGGGGGCGGAGAGCGAGAAAGACGCGUUCCCAGAAAUGGCGAGCCUCCCCAAAGAGCCGCCUGAGGAUGCCAGGAAACAGAGCUUUUGGAUGCCGGGGAAUUAUGUACGUACAGUGCAUCGUACUGAGCAGUCCUUCCAGGCCUGUAACGACAUAGUGGCCUGCUUCAUGGAGAGAGCAAAAGUAGAAAAACAGUACGCUCAGCAGCUCAGCCAGUGGAGCAGCAAGUGGAAAUCUAUAGUGGAUUCUCGGCCACUGUACGGAUCCCUAAUGAGAGCAUGGCAGUGCUUCUUCACCUCCACAGAGCGUUUGUCCGCCCUCCAUUCCUCCAUCUCCCAGUCGCUCGUUGGGGAGGAAGGAGAGCGGGUGAAGACCUGGCAGAAGGAGACCUUCCCCAAGAAGAUCUUCUGUGGCUUCAAAGAGAGCCACGAGAACGGCACGAGUUUUUCGCGUGCCCAGAAACCGUGGUCCAAAAAGCUAAUCAAGCUGGAGAAAGUCCGUGCUGCCUACCACAAGGCCUGUCAGAGGGAGCAAGCAGCCCAGGACAAAGAGAAGCAAGCCAAUGAAAACUCUGAAAUGAGUCCGGAGAAAAAGCAGAAAUUCACCGAGGCCAGAGAGAAAGCCACAGAGGAGAAAGAAAAGAUUAGAGACCGAUAUGAGAAAAUGCUGGAGGAUGUGACGUCCUACACGCCUCGCUACAUGGAGGAGAUGGAGGCCAUUUUUGAACAGUCGCAGGAGGAGGAGAGAAAGAGGAUCAGCUUUCUGAAGCAGGCCUUCCUCUCCAUCCACAGACAUCUAGACAUCACCAACAACGAGAGUGUGAAGGCAGUUUACAGCGAGCUCCAUGACACUCUGAUGUCCAUCAAUGAGCAAGAGGACCUGAGAUGGUGGAAGAACAACCACGGUCCUGGGAUGCCGACUGACUGGCCGAAGAUUGAGGAAUGGGUCCCUCCAGUAAAAAAGCUAAAGAGAAGGAAGAGAGACCAGAGAGGAAAGGAAGGCCGACCUGUGAUGAUCGGAGGUGUGAAGGUGCGAGCUCUGUACGACUAUGUGGGAGAGGAGGGUGAUGAGCUGUCCUUUAAAGCAGGGGAAGUGUUCCUGAAAGUUGAGGAGGAGGACGACCAAGGGUGGUGUCGAGGAGUGCUGAGCGGAGGGAAGGAGGGCUUCUACCCGGCCAAUUACGUGGAAGUUGUCGAGUGACCUCAUGCUGUCCAACGUAUUAUGUCCUGAACUUAUUUCUCGCAUUAAGUCGGUUUAAAUUUCCGAAAAUAACAAUUAUUACGAUGUAACGUCUCAGAUGUUGUCUCACCGGUUCUGAAUGAAUGUUGCCCUUUUCAAAUAUUUAAAGCUUUAAUAUUUUAACCUUGUUAUUCUACGUCUGCAAUAUGAAUUUGCUUCUCAAAGGCUAGAAUGUACUGCUUGUGCUGAAUGUGUCCAUGCGUGAGUGUGUUUGCAUGCAGGUGUGUAUGUUAAUUUAUUUACUGCCAUCGUGUCCGAGUUGUUGGGUCAUUGUAACAAAGAUGAAGCUGAUAAUGGUGGGUGGAAAUUACCCAGGCCCAGAUUUACAACCGUGUGUGCAAACAAGGUUAAUGUUUGCUUCAUGUAGAAGCACACAGAAGUUACUUUGACUGGGGGGGUGGAUUUUCAAAAUAAAAGUGUACAAUGUUUUGUUUUUUUGGCUCUAA